AUGCUCGGCUUCCUCCACAACCCUAGCAACCGCAAGCUUCCCCGCUUCGUCUCCACCAUGUCCUUUUGCCCGUCCGACGCCGACCAUAGCCGGUGCCAUGCGCUCGAGUGCCGCCAUGGCCGUGCCGUCUUCUACGACUACGACGCCCUCCAAUCCUUCGUCGUCUGGGACCCGGUUACCGGAGAGCGGCACAAACUCCCCGAUGUGCCGGAUGUCUUGACAUGCCCAGCUGUGGUCUGUGUUGCGAACACCGAAGGCUGCAACGACCACCAUGGUUGCAGCAGGGCCCCUUUCAUCAUCGUCUUCGUCGGCGUGGAGAACAUACCAGAGAGCUAUUACUUCGAUGCACACGCUUGUUUUUACGCGUCUGACACCGGCGAGUGGAGCGUGCACAUCAACAUCCACCUCGACCACGGCCGGUACUACCCCGAUAAUUGCCCUGCCACGCUGGUCGGGGACUCGCUCUACUUCUUCUGCGGACGGGGGAUCCUGCGGUACCGGGACAUCAUCUCAGCAGGCAUCAGCGAACGCGACGUCCUGUUGAUGAAGCAGCUGCCAAGGGAGAAGCGUCUCGGCAUUGGCAAUGGUAAGAACACCAACGUCGUCGUCAUGGUGGCGGAGGGCGGCAGGCUGGGAUUGGCCUGCCUGUGUCCUAAGACUGGUACCAUGCUCUCGCAAGGGAGGAGGCAGAAAGCAGCGGUGGAGACGACGCCGAUGGGUGCAGCGCAGGGUCAUCGAUCUCAAAACGCUGCUCCCGAGUGA